GUUUGUUUCUAUGUUUGUCUGACAGUGCCGUGUGUGAGCCAUUAUGAGCGAGUUGUUUAUUAUAGGCUGAAAUGUGAUUUAAUCUAAGGUACUAAAUUGUGCGCAGAUAAGCCAUUAUUAGAAAAAUAAGAUUUGUAUUUUAACAAUAUUUUUUGGCCUUAAAUAUGGAGCCAGAAUUGUUACCUGAUUACUUGGAUUUGAAUGGAAGUUUUGAUGAACAAAUCAGAAAUAUCAUGCAAAACGUGAGGCUAACUAGACAAGAAGUAGACAAUUUAAAUUUAUUGUAUGUCCACUUGGAAGGGGCGCUUCAAACUUCAUGGCCAGGGUGUAAAGUACUUCCAUUUGGCUCCAUAAUAACUGGUUUAGGUAUUAAAACAAGUGAUGUUGAUUGUUUCAUUGAAAUUCCUGGAGAUAAUUAUAAUAAGAAUAAUAGGAAUAAUCAUGUGAUAAUAGCUAGAAAUCUCCUCAGAAGACAACCUUGGUUAUUUCAAAACCUUUUUGCUAUAACAUCUGCUAAAGUUCCUAUACUGAAAUUUUUCCACAUACCUACACAAAGGCACUGUGAUAUCAACUUCAAAAGCAAAGCUGGAGUGAGAAAUAGUAGUUUAAUGGCAUACUUGUUGCAUAUGGACAAAAGAGCAGUGACACUGGCAGUUAUCAUCAAAUACUGGUCUAAAGUACACAACCUCACCGGAACUAACAUGAUGACCAGCUAUGGACUAACAAUACUAGUGAUUUUUUAUUUGCAACAAAUAAAUAUUUUACCUUCUGUUUGUAAACUCCAAAAAGAUAAUGAAAUGUAUGCCAUAGAUGGUUGGAAUACAGCAUUCAGAGAAGAUUUCAGUUUUAUGUCAGAUAACUGUCAGAGUGUGUAUGAACUUUUAGGAGGUUUCUUUAAAUUUUAUAGCGCUAUAAAUUUUGAAGAGAACAUAAUCUCACCGUUUACUGGAAACUUGAUACCACGAAAUCUUUUCAAAAAUUUAGAUGAUGUACCUAGUGUAUUUGAUAUGUACAAAAUUAAUAUAGGCAGUAAAGAAUAUGAAGCCCUCAGGAUAGACACAAAAAUGUGUAUACAGGAUCCUUUUGAACAUAAUAGGAACUGCACCAUGUCAGUGUAUCCAAGAUUAGCUAACACAAUAAUAUCACACUUCCUGUUAGCUGCUCAAAUUUAUGAUGAAAACACCAAAGACUUUUAUGUUAUAGAUCUUUUAGCUAGGACACCACCCCCAAUUCAUCCUAUCAAGAAUAAGCACAAAGUUGGCCAUAAUAACCAUAAUAAACCAAAAUCCCAAAAGAAAACUAUUGCACCCAUAAAUAAUAGUAAAGUUACAAAACCUAAUAAGAGAUCUAAGAAAAUCACUAACAAUUUUGAAGUUUUAUACAGAAACAUGAAAAUGCAGAGACAAAGAAAAGUCUAGAUAUUUUAUUACAUAAUAAGGCAGAUAGCAAAUAUUACCUCACAAAUUGUAUAAAGAGGUUUCUUAAAUUGUAAGCCAUGCUCGAACUUGUUCUGCUUGAAAUCAUAUGUCUUAAGAGACUAGAAGGACACACUAAGCUUAAAAGGUAAAAAGACAUAAAUAAUUGUCUAUGAUUUUUAAUGACUAUUAGUAUAAUACAAUUGUUUGUAAGUAUACUUUAAUAUACAAUUUAUGAUUUGUUGAAUGACAGUUUCUUGGUUUUCACCAGCCAAAACUUGUCAAUGACUUCACCAUCGAGGUCCACAGAAACCUGAAAUAUUGAGUAGUUAUGGAAUUUGAUGUGAACAUAACUCGUACAUAGCUAAUACCUGGUGCCACACCCCCACCAUAGUUUUCACACUCGUCUUAUAAUCUAUUCUAUUUAAGUAGUGAUUGUAUUUUCAACUUAAUUUUAAGUGAUUAAGUACAUGCACAUACAAGUAAUAAGUAACAGGUUAAAAUUUAAUAAUGAAGUAUUUAAAAAAAAAAAUAGUUCCCGAAAUCAAACUAGAUGUUGCAUGGUUCUUUCUUGAUUUUUCGAUGACAACCCUUCCGGUUUUCUUUCAUGUUUAAAAGUAAAUUAGAUUUCAAAACUCAAUAAACAACUCAUUUUGUAUUGAUAUCUAAGUUUCGAACUUUGCAAAUAUCUGUUUUUUAUAUGUUAGUUAAACGGAACGGAAAUGACUAUCGUUUUCUGCAACAAUCAACUUUUGCUAGAUUCGCCAUCUAGUGGAGGUGCUUUUUUUUAAAUACUUCGUCAUUUUAACUUUCUAUUUAUUGCUAAUUUGUGUGUUUACACCAACUAAAUCACUUAAGAUUAAGUUGAAAAUCUACUUAAUAACGUGUAAACCAGCUUAAUGACCGAUUUACACAGAAUAAGUUGAUAAGUGGUUAACUUGAUUUUAAGUGAUUAAUUUGUGGUUACAUGCAUUUAAUCACUUAUAAUUAAGUUAACUACAUAUGAACUUGACACAUGUAAACCAGCCAUAAGGGUCGGUGCAAUUCUAAGGGAAGAUCUGUCAACUAUCUUACGAAAGUUCAUUAUGGAUUCUGUUGAUUGUGUAAAAUUGAAGGUCACAUAAUAAUUAACAGUUCUGACCGACUAAACGCGCCCAUGGGACCACAACUAGAGAUGGCGGGAGACUAUAUGUACCUAUGCAGAAUAACUCAUGCGAUGUUAUUUUUAUAAAGGUCAGUUCUUUUUAUCGAUAAUAGUGUAAAAGACUAAAGUAUGUUUACGUCUUGACAAUAUUUUACCUGUUCCACAUUGAUAUGAGUUUUGUUGAACGCUUUUAGUUUUGUGUAGCCAUAGUCUUGAGAAUGGAAGGCGGACCAUUCGCGUGGGUUACCUGAACAUUAAGGGUUCGUUGGCAGCACAGCAAUUUAUACAUAAGCGGUUAAUUGAUAACAAAUAUACACACUUACAUUUAAAAUAAGAAAAUUAUAUUUUAAGAAAUUUGUUAAAUAAAUACAUUGCAAUGUAU